AUGGCUCUCCCACACUUGAUGAUUGUGGGAUGCGAGGUGAGCUCGGACGUGACGCUGCUGGACUACCUGCGGCUGUACGCAGGACUGCGCGGCACCAAGUACAUGUGUCGCGAGGGUGGAUGUGGAGCAUGCAUCGUCAGCGUACACCAACCUGCUGGAACACCCUACGCUGUCAACUCGUGCCUGAUGUCAAUAACAUCAUGCCAUGGACUGGAGAUCACCACCAUUGAGGGUUUGGGAAACAGACUCAAAGGUUACCAUGAGCUACAGAAGAAAUUGGCAGACGAAAAUGGUACUCAGUGCGGAUAUUGUAGUCCAGGAUGGGUAAUGUCGAUGUACAGUCUUCUUCAAGGAAAGCCUAACAUAUCAACGCUUGACAUUGAGAAAUCUUUAGGCAGCAAUAUCUGUCGUUGUACCGGCUAUCGGCCGAUACUACAAGCCUUCAAAACAUUCGCCGCAGAUGCUCCGAGACAGAUCCACCUCCAAGAUAUAGAAGAUCUCAAAAUUUGUAAUAAAACUGGAGAAACAUGCAAUAGAAGUAAUUGUGAAGAUAGUGAAUGGUGCUUUGUAGAUCUUCCAGCACACAAAGAUGAUAUUAUUAAAAUCAAAUUGAAAGAUGAAAAAAUUUGGUAUCGAGUACAACAAGUAAAAGAUGUAUUUUCAAUAUUAGAAAAAGAAGGCGAUGACUCUUAUAUGCUUGUGUGUGGGAAUACUGCAAGAGGCGCAUAUCCGAUUUUGUAUUAUCCUACAGCCGAGUCUAAUGUCCUAAUAGACAUAAGUGGAGUCCAAGAGUUGAAAGGCUACACGUUGGACCAGAACCUUAUAGUGAACGCUGGGACCACACUCACGGAGUUCUUGCAGAUACUGAAGACUGUAGCUAAAGAAGAAUACUUUGGAUAUCUGCAAAAGAUUCACGAUCAUGUUGAGAAAGUUGCACAUGUUGCUGUGAGAAAUGUGGCAACAAUUGCUGGAAACCUAAUGAUCCAGUACCAACAUCACUGGUUCCCGUCGGAUAUUUUUUUGCUUUUAGAAACCAUCGGGGCUCAAGUUACUAUACAGACCUGUAAUGAGAAAAAUACGCUGACCAUGCAAGAAUUCCUCAAAUUAAAUAUGAGAGGAAAAGUCAUUAGGAACGUGAUGUUGCCACCAAUGUGUGGUGACUGUCACUUGUUCACAUUCAAAAUAAUGCCAAGAUCUUUAAACAGUGUUGCAGUGAUCAAUGCAGGAUAUUUAUAUAAAUUGAAUUCAGAUAAUAUCGUGAAAUGCGCGAGGAUAGUAUACAGAUGUUUAUCUCCGUCAUUCAUUCGGGCUACUGCAACAGAACAUUUCCUUAUUGGGAAGAAGUUAUUCAGUAAUGAAACAUUAUCAUCAGCAUUGAGAAUAUUAGAAGAAGAACUGAUUGUUGAAGACAAUCCACCAGCUCCGUCAGUGGAAUAUAGAAAGAAGACUGCUUUAGCAUUAUUUUAUAAGGGUCUUUUGAAACUCUCUCCAGGAAGUAAUCUUCAAGCUCGCUAUAAAUCUGGAGCUAUAAACUUACCUGAUACACGUCCUGUAUCUAGAGCCAUUCAAUUGUUUGACACCAAUCCUGCUAUGUGGCCCAUAACAAAACCCAUCCCAAAGACAGAGGCUUUGAUCCAAUGUGCGGGAGAGGCCUUUUAUACAGAAGAUAUACCUACUCUUCCAAACGAAGUCUUCUGUGCCUUCGCACUAAGUACUGUUGCAAUCGGAGAUAUUGAAUCCAUUGACGCCAGUGAAGCUUUGGCACACCCAGGUGUCAUUGCAUUUUAUACUGCAAAAGAUAUACCAGGAACGAAUACAUUUUUCAUAUCAAUGUCUGAAAAAUACAAUGCUGUUAACGAAGAAGUAGUUGCAAGUACUUCAGUGAGUUAUUUCAACCAGGCAAUCGGUAUUGUUGUAGCUGAGAGCCGUUCCAUAGCCGAAAAAGCUGCUAAAUUAGUUAAAGUUACUUAUACUAACGUCAGAAAACCGAUACUUGAUAUGGAACAAACAAUUAAUGACUCAAGUAGAACAAGUUUGUAUACUACAAUUGACGCAACUGAAACUGGAAAAGAUGUAGUCCAAGUUAUAAAGGGAAAUAAUGCAAUGAACGGUCAGUAUCACUUCACCAUGGAAACUUUGACUUCUGUCGUAAUACCCUCUGAUGAAGGACUUAACGUAUACUCCGCUACACAAAGUAUAGAAACAGUACAAGUAUUGAUUUCUAAGGCUUUGAAUAUAGACCAAAAUCGGAUCGACGUACACGUUCGCCUUGUGGGAGGAGGAUACGGUUUAAAACUAUCUCGCGGGGUACAAGGAGCAGUAGCUGCUGCUUUGGUUGCGACAAAACUCAACAGACCUUGUCGAAUUAUUCAGUCAUUGACGACUACCACUCGGACCCUUGGCAAGCGGACUCCCAGCUAUUCAGAUUUUGAGGCUGGUGUUAACAGUUCUGGAAUAAUACAGUACAUAAAGUUCAGACUAUUUGAAAAUGUCGGAUACUUGAUUAAGGAGGUGUUGUUGAACCGUGACGGCAUCGGUCAGUUCAAUAAUGCUUACAACAGAUCCUGCUGGUCUUAUAAGAAUUUGAAUACCAUCACUGAUGCACCAAGGAACAUUGCGAUGAGAGCACCAGGUACAUUCGAACACGUGGCAAUGGCGGAAUUUGUCAUCGAACAAAUUGCGUACGAGAUGAAUUUGGAUCCAUUAGACGUGAGAAUGUCCAAUCUGGAUACAAAAUACAGAAAUGACAUGAAAGAAGUUGUGAAUUAUGUUAUGGACAAAUCUGACUAUGCAACACGUCGGAAAAUGGUAAACCAAUUCAAUGCAGAAAAUAGAUGGAAGAAGCGAGGACUGCGGUUUUCUUUUAUGAGAUGGACACCUAUAGCAGGGGUUAAUAUGCCCGUGAAUCUGUCGGUAUACCGUGGAGAUGGAUCAGUAGCUAUAACACACGGUGGUAUAGAAAUGGGACAAGGAGUUAAUACAAAAGCUAUGCAAGUAGCCGCAUACAUGUUGAAUAUCCCCAUUGAAAAAAUACAAAUUAAGGAAAACAAUACAGUCAUAGGUCCAAACGCUUCAGGAUCUGGAGGUAAUGUAAUAAGUCAAAAUGUAUUAUUAGGAGUGAGAAUAGCUUGUCAACAGCUUUUGGAUAGAUUGAAACCAAUCAGAGACCAAAUGGAUAAUCCUACGUGGGAAGAGUUGAUUACAAAAGCUUACAAUGAUAACGUAGACCUACAAGCUCAUGGUUACACAAGAACCGAUGAGAAGUUUGCAUAUGACAUUUACGGAGUUACUUUAGCAGAAGUUGAAUUAGAUGUGCUAACAGGAGAGUUUGAGCUAUUGCGAGUAGAUCUUUGUCAAGAUGUUGGACAAAGUGUUAGUCCAGAAAUCGAUAUUGGCCAAGUGGAAGGAGCGUUUAUGACGGGUAUUGGUUUCUGGACUUGUGAGGAUCUAGUCUAUGCUCCGACAGGUGAACUCCUGACUGAUCGUACGUGGAACUACCAUGUACCACUGACCAGGGACAUUCCUCAGGAUUGGAGAGUCUAUUUUAGGAAGAAUUCUUACACUAACGAUCUAAUUUUUGGAUCCAAAAAUAUAGGUGAGCCUCCAAUAUGCAUGGCAGUGGUGGUAGCCUUAGCUUUGAGAGAAGCAAUCGUCGCAGCCAGGUUGGAGUCUGGUAUUCCUUCUACAAAGUGGUUCCGAGAAGAUGGACCCUACACAGUUGAUAGAAACUUUUUGCUGUCAUCCACUAACACAGCUGAUUUUAAAUUUAACUAAUGUACAAGUACC